UCAUAAUUAAAUUGUAACGUUUUGCAAUUAUCCCCAAAACAAACAAACAAAAAAAAGAGAAAUUAAUAAAAAAAAACAUUUUUUUACAACAACAUAAUUUGUAACUUUUUUUUUGUAAAUAAAUUACGAAUUUGUAAACCAUUUAUUACACACGGUUCAAUCGAAAACAACAAUCAUCAUGCAACUAUAUUAUGUGAUAUUAUUAAAUAUUGUAUUAUCAUUAAAUUUAUCAUUAAUAUUGGCCAAUAAUAAAAGAGAUUAUUAUGAAAUAUUGGGUAUUAAACGUGAUGCUAGUGAACGUGAAAUUAAAAAAGCAUUUCGUAAUUUAGCUAUUAAAUAUCAUCCAGAUAAGAAUAAAGAUCCAGGUGCUGAAGAAAAAUUUCGUGAAAUAGCAACAGCAUAUGAUGUUUUGUCGGAUAAAGAAAAACGUAAACAAUAUGAUCAAUUUGGUGAAACCGAUAAUAUGGCAAAUAAAUUUACAAAUGCAAAUUUUCAGGAUAUUUUUGCUAAUUUUGAAGAUAUAUUUCAAAUGUUUAAUCAUCAUACCGGUGGUGGUAAUCAUCAUCAUCAUCAACAACAUCAACAUUUUUCAUUUAGUUUUGAUGAUUUAUUUGAUGAUAAUGAUGAUUUUGGUAAUAUAUUUGGCGGUGGUGGUCAUCAUCAUCAACAUGAUCAUGAUUCACAUUGGGCUAGUGGUGAUACAUUUUUUGGAAAUUUUUAUCAACAACCACAACAUCAUCAACAUCAACAACAAUAUCAUCAUUAUCAACAUGUAUCAUCAAGUAAUAAUGGACAACAACGUUGUCAAAAAGUUGUUAAACAAAUGGGUUCAACAAUUGUAUCAUAUACUGAAUGUCAUUGAUCAACAAAAUCAAUCAAUCAAUCCCAACAACAACAACAAUAAAAACAACGACCAACAAAAUUGCAUUACUCUGUAUUCUGGACUAGUCGUCUUUUUUGUUUUCUUGUUACCAAUUGAAGCCAAAUAAUUUAAUUUAAUUCAAUGUAUUUAUUAAUCCUGUUUGUUUGUUUGUUUGUUUGUU